AUGAAUAUUGACGACAUUGUAAUGGAUCCUGGUCUCAAAUUGGCCUUGGAUACCUCCAAGCAAACCCGCGAGCAAGCCAUCGCCCUCCUUGAUCUCGUCUCCAGCCAUCCUCCGACCUCUUCGCCAUCCCACGAGUUCCAGCUCCAGAUCUCUAAGCAGCAGAAACUACUCCUCACAUAUCUUGCUCAGUUACGAGGUCUCCACCGCAAUGCGCAGGUGGGCGCACGAGAGACUAAAGCCUCGACGGCGGAGGCGCGUCAAGAAGUAGACAGAUUACAUCUCCAGCUCCAAAAUCUAUACUACGAACAGCGCCAUCUACAAGGAGAAAUUGCGGCAUGCGAGUCUUACGAUCACAAAUAUCAACAGCUACCGCUGAUUCCUGUCGAGCAGUUCCUGGCCGAGCAUCCAGAGAGAGCAGGCCUUGACGAGAGUGCAUUAACCAUCGCACGUAUUGAGCAUGAGCAUAAGGGACGCUUGGCGCUGGAAGAGCAAAGACAGAGACUGCUGAAGAAAAAGGAAGGCCUCAUCCAAGCCAACAAGAAGCGGAAGGACGAUUUGGCCAACUUAGACAAGGACCUGGAGAAGUUCAUUGAUGCUGCGAAACCAAUCCAAAAAACGUUCGAGCAAGUCGUCUGA